GUUUUAAUUUGAAAUUUUGAACGAGACAUCGACUGAUUCGAUAAAAUUGCAAACAAGUAUCGGAUCGGUGUUGUCUCUAUCUAGGAGACUAUUACGUGGUCUGUGUUUGACAUCUGCGCAUUUCUCACACUCGUUCGGUGGAAAAAUCAAAACAAUCAAUAUGGCGGACCCGAACAACGAAGCUGUACCGUCGAGUAGCGUUUCGGAGCAAGCCCCCCCGGCUACUCCGAUUCGCGACGAUCUUGAGAAAAUAGAAGAUUUUCUCGAGCCUGACAAAAAGCGUCGAAAAGUGUCAAGGAACGAUGGGAAAACCGAACAGAAAUUGGAGCACCGUUUGGGUGGCAUCCUCUGCUGCGCAGUUUGCCUCGAUUUACCCAAGGCAGCUGUCUAUCAGUGUACAAAUGGACACUUGAUGUGUGCUGGUUGCUUCACUCAUGUCCUCGCAGAUGCCAGACUAAGAGAUGAAAUGGCAACGUGUCCCAACUGCAGAAUCGAGAUUAGCAGAACGUCUCCAUCUCGAAAUUUGGCAGUUGAGAAAGCUGUUUCUGAGUUGCCAGCAGAAUGUCAAUAUUGUGCAAAGGAGUUUCCACGAAACUCUUUGGAACGUCAUGAAGAGACAAUGUGCGAAGAAAGAAUAUCUAGCUGCAAAUACAGUAGGAUCGGUUGCCCUUGGCGUGGACCAAAUCAUGAGCGUCCAGAACAUGAGGCGCAUUGCGUUCAUCCUCAUCGUUCAGGGUUGGAUGUUAUGGAAGCAUUGCGGGACAUCGAUGCCCGUACCCUUGAAGAACGUAGGCUCUAUGACAAUGUCUUUGACCUUUUGUCCUACGAGAAAAUCACAUUCAACGAUCUACAAAUGAAGCCCUAUCGCACAGACGAGUUUGUUCAUAAAUUAUUUUAUGAAACAUCUCGUUUCACGGCGUUUAACAAUCAAUGGGUUGUAAAGGCAAGAAUUAAUAACAGUCAACGCGAUCCUACUCAGAGUUCAGAAAGGGAUAUGACUUAUCAACUGAUUUUAAAAACGAAAACGACGUAUCCAUUACCGCUUCACUAUUUGAUACUGAAAGGACCUUUCGGAGACAUGAAAGUGCAACCGAGAAUUCACAGAUUUGAAUUCACCGACCAAGAAAACGAAAGUCCUUAUUUACCUUUACCUUUACCUGAUACUGCAGAGUGCAAUAGACUUCUUGCUGCAAGAGCUAUUAGUUUCAGACUAAUUAUGUUCUUGGCAUCCAAGUAGUCGGACACGAUAAUUCUUGUUGUCAAGAUUUUACGGCGAUUGAAUAAUUGACACAUCUUUUUAGAUUUAACAGUGAUAAAAAUAUAGAUUACACAGAGGUUUAUAAUCAAUUAUUAGUAGCCUUUAAUCGUAAUAAUAAUUAAAAUAAAAGAUGCUAAUUCUGCUGUAGUCUAUACGCAUAUUACAAUAAAAUGAUACACUGUGUUAUUACAGAACAGUAUAACACGGAAAAGUGUAGCAUUAUAAUACCGCAAAUACUUGACAGAUCAAGUUUAGUUUUGUUCAAUUUCAUUUGGAAAACAUUACCAAAAAUUUACGUUGAAUGCAAGCUUUAUGUAGAUUAUUGUUGUUAGACAUGUGUAUUAAAUUGUAAUCAUUGAUAUAUCGUAGCUGUUGCAUAUGAAAAAAAAAAAAA